UUCAGUCACAUUUCGAAAUUCCCUAAUCGAAAGAGGAAACGGUGAGGAGGACGACCAAGAAAAAUAAGGGAAGGUAGAGGUCAGCAUUCUCUGCUUUCCUCUCUACCCACCAAAGAAAACCAAAUGGCCUCGACAACAUAGAAGAAAACAAAUACCCCACCUCUCAUAUGCUUACGCAGAGAAGCCUCCCAUUGCACGCACAAUGAGAGACAUCACUAAGCUCCAUUGUUUCACUGUUUUCUGCCUCGCUUUCUUCCCCAAAAUAGCCAUCUCUUUGGACACCUUAACUGCAACACAAUCACUCUCAAAAGACAAAACCCUUUUGUCCGCCGGCCAAGUUUUUGAGCUGGGUUUCUUCGAUCCAGGCAACUCAAAGUGGUACCUGGGAAUAUGGUACAGAGACAUCCCUGAUAAAACGGUUGUUUGGGUUGCAAAUAAAGAUACCCCACUUUCAAACUCCUCCGGCACCUUCAAAAUCGGUGACAAUGGAAACCUAGUUGUUAUCCACCAAGAUGGGAAGCUGUCGUGGUCGUCGAAUCAAACGCAGGUCGUUAAUCCAGUCGUUCAGCUUUUAGAUUCUGGAAAUCUUGUGGUCCGAGAAAUAAGCGAGAACGACCCGAAAAAGUAUCUAUGGCAGAGUUUUGAUUAUCCUACGGACACUUUGUUACCGGGUAUGAAGCUAGGGUGGGACUUGGACACUGGUUUCGAACGGUACUUGAGGUCGUGGAAGAGCUCAGCGGACCCUUCAACCGGAGACUACUCUUUCAAGUUAGAUUUCCAUGGAUUCCCAGAAAUUUUCUUGUUGAACAAACGAGUACCAAAAUAUCGAAGCGGGCCCUGGAACGGCAAAAGGUUCAGUGGGGUACCGGAAAUGGAUCCUUUAAACGGUCUCGACUUUAACUUUGUUAUGGAUUCACACUAUGUAUCUUACUCAUUUUCGGUAACAAAUGCGUCUCCGCUUUCCCGGUUGAUUAUGAAUGCAACCGGUAAUCUUCAAAGGUAUACCUGGAUUGAAAGCAGGCAGGUGUGGAACCUAUAUUGGUUUGCCCCGAAAGAUCAAUGCGACAGCUAUAAAGAGUGCGGUCCGUACGGUAUAUGUGACACAAAUUCUUCACCGGUAUGCAGAUGUAUGCAAGGCUUUGCGCCCAAGAAUCUGCAGGCAUGGAACUUCAGAGAUGGGUCUGAUGGGUGUAUGAGGAAUACGAGUUUGGGUUGUGAGAAAGAUAAAUUCUUGCUGUUGAAGAAUAUGAAAUUGCCGGAGACUUCGACUGCUUUUGUGAACAAGACCAUGAGUAUUGAGGACUGUAAAGAAAUGUGUUUGAAGAAUUGCUCUUGUACUGCUUAUGCAGAUUACGAGAUUACCAAUGGAGGAAAGGGGUGUGUGACAUGGACCGGUGAGCUUAUGGACACGAGGGAGUAUACCCAAGGUAGCGGCCAAGAUCUCCACGUUCGAUUAGCAUCUUCUGAAAUAGAUGAUGGUGGAAGUGUAAGCUCUGGAAAAGGUUCUGACAGGACUAAGCAAAUAAUCACAAUUGUAAGCAUUAUGGUCGGUAUAGUCAUUCUACUAUCAGGAUUGACAAUCUACUUUGUUUGGAAGAGGAACCGAUUCCAAAAGAUGCGGAAAGGUCUUCAAGAAAGAAGCCAGGUUUUUUUGUUAAAUGAAGCGGUCAUUUCAAGCAAGAAGGAAUACUCGAGUGACAGUAAUAUGGAUGAUCUAGAACUGCCACUGUUUGAUUUUGUCACUGUAGUAAUGGCGACAGAAAAUUUUUCCGACAAAAACAAACUGGGACAAGGUGGUUUUGGCAGUGUUUACAAGGGUAGGUUGGUAGAAGGUCAAGAAAUAGCAGUAAAGAGGCUCUCAAAGAACUCUGGGCAAGGAACUGAAGAAUUUAAGACCGAGGUUAGAUUGAUUGCGAGGCUUCAGCACAGAAAUCUUGUUCGAUUGCUGGGUUGCUGCAUUGAGAUGGACGAAAAGAUGCUCAUUUAUGAGUAUUUGGAAAACAGAAGUUUGGAUUCUGUCUUAUUCGAUAAAGCAAAACGCUCCUUACUGGACUGGCCAAGGCGAUUUCACAUUGUAUGCGGGAUUGCUAGAGGGCUUCUUUAUCUUCAUCAAGAUUCUAGAUUUAGAAUUAUCCAUAGAGAUCUGAAGGCAAGUAACAUUUUACUUGACGGAGAAAUGAACCCAAAAAUAUCAGACUUUGGCAUGGCUAGGAUUUUUGGUAAGGAUCAGACAGAAGCAAACACAAGGAGAGUUGUUGGAACAUAUGGCUACAUGUCUCCCGAAUAUGCAAUGGAUGGACUUUUCUCUGUGAAAUCUGAUGCUUUUAGCUUUGGUGUUCUAGUGUUGGAGAUUAUAAGUGGAAAAAAGAACAGGGGUUUUUAUUACCAAAACAAUGAACUAAACCUUCUUGGACAUGCAUGGAAACUUUGGAGAGAAGGAAAUGGUUUGGAAUUAAUAGAUCCAUCCCUGGGGGAUGUAUACUCCUCAUCUGAAGUGAUGAGAUGCAUACAGGUUGGCCUCCUGUGUGUCCAGGAGCAGGCAGAAGAUAGGCCUACAAUAUCGUCUGUGUUGUUGAUGUUGAGCAGUGAAACUGCAACAAUGCCUCAGCCUAAACAGCCCGGUUUCUGCCUUGGACGGAAUCCUGUAGAAGGUAGUUUUUCAUCUGGUAAAAAAGAAGAAUCAUGCACUGUAAACCAUGUUACUGUUACAAUGCUAGAAGCUAGGUAGUGAAAGCUAAGGCCUCAUCUAGCAUGUUUGUAUAUAUUUUUUUUUAACCUUUGAGAUUUUGUCUACAUCAUCUGGGAUUUUUGACAAAGUUUUGGGAAACCGUUAUCUUCUUUAAUGCAACUCCCAAGGGGAUACCGC